UUUAAAAUAUGAUCUUUUAAAAAUAUUGACAUCGAUUUUUUAUUCCUGCUUUAGAAGAAAAAGAAAAGAUGAGAUACAAGAAGUCAUAUUAUGAAUACAACUUACAAAUAUAUGUUACAUGGUGAAACUAACCUUUCAAAUUGAAGUUAUGUUACAAGUACAAAUACAUUGUAUAAAGAAAAAAUGGUUUUACCUCAAAUUAUAUUUAAUUUAAGAAAAUCUUUAUGCAUCCAGAUAGUAUCUUAUUAUACAAACCGAAUGUAUGAAUUACAUUCAAAAAAAUUGUACAACUAUCAAACAACAUUUUAUCGUUGUUAUGCAGGGAAAUCGAAAAUUAAUGAACAACCCAAUACAUUUUGCAAUGACUAUGAAGUACAAACUGCAAAUAUAUUAAAUUCUAAUAGAAUGUUAAAACUUAAAAAAGUACAUCCACAGCCUAAACAUGAUCUUGACAAGAUUUAUGACGUUGUAAAGAAUGAAUUUGACAAGCUAUGCAUAUCGUAUGUAUAUACAAAAAUAAAACAAUCUACUAUUAAAUACAAAUGCACUAUCAAUGUCAUAUGGCCUUAUGAAGCAUCCUUCUGCAGUAUUGCAUCUAACAAAAAGAUGGCUGCACAUAAUGCGGCAUUAAUAUGCUUAGAUUGGUUAUAUCAAAAUAAGAAAAUUAAUGAUUUAAAACCUAUAUUUUAUGAUUAUAAAAGUCAGCAUAAUAUUUUGAAAUCUCAACAGUUUGUCAAAAUUAAUCUUACAUCAGACUCCAAGAAUAAAAUACAAUCUGUGAUUGAUGUUUUUAAUGACGAAAUAAAAUCUAUAAUAACAAUACCAUGCAUUACUGAACUUGAUGAAGACAAUGUAAAAGAAGAAGUAAGAAUAGUAGCCAAUUCAUUAAGUGAGAAUAGUAGCCAAUUAAAGCAAAAUCUACAAGGAAGAAAUAAUAUGAAAAUGAAGAUAGACUUGCCUAUUAUGAACUAUAAAGAAGAAAUUCUUAACAGUUUACAAAAUAAUCAAGUUUUGGUAAUUAAAGGGGACACUGGUUGCGGUAAAAGUACCCAAGUUCCACAGUUCAUACUAGAUGCUUAUAUAGAACAAAAUAAAAGACAUGAAUGCAACAUAAUUGUAUCAGAACCUCGUAAAAUAUCAGCUAUUUCUUUAGCUAAGCGUGUUGCAUAUGAGAGAAGUGAAAAGGUGGGUAAUACAGUAGGAUAUCAUGUACGUUUUUAUAAUAAAAUGCCAAAAAAUCAUGGUUCAAUUUUAUUCUGUACUACUGGUAUGCUAUUGCGUAAAUUAGAGCACGAUCCUACUUUAGAAAAAGUGUCACAUAUAAUUAUAGAUGAAGCUCAUGAAAGAAGUCUACAUACAGAUUUAUUAUUGAAAUUAUGUAAAGAUCUGCUGGAAUACAAAUCACAUAUAAAACUUAUAAUUAUGUCUGCAAGUAUAAACGCAGAAAUAUUCCAGGAAUACUUUUCCUCUGCAACUAUUAAUGUUCCUGGAAAAUUACAUCAUGUAGAAAUGCAUUUUAUAGAUGAUAUUGAUUUCUUAAAUAAUAAUUUAUUAAAUUGGGAUACUCUCAUGACGAAAGAAAUUCCUUUUAAUGAAAUAGUAUGUCUAAUACAAUGGAUUAUUAAUAAUAAACCACCAGGAGCAAUUUUAUGUUUUCUUCCGGGCUGGAGAGAAAUUAAACUUUUACAUAACAUGCUUCAAAAUGAAUUGGAUGAUUUAUUAAUAUUACCACUUCAUUCUAAAUUACCAAAUCAUAUACAGCAGAAAGUUUUUAAACCUGCUCCUGCAAAUAUGACAAAGAUUGUAUUAGCUACAGAUGUAGCUGAAACUGGUAUUACCAUUCCAGAUAUAAGUUAUGUUAUAGAUACUGCAAUUAAGAGACAAACGUUAUGGAAUGAAAAAAAAUCUUUAUCCAGUUUAUGUUUCUGUCCAAUAUCACAAGCCAACAUUUGUCAAAGAAAAGGAAGAGCUGGGCGUCUGAAACCUGGCGAAAGUUAUCACUUAAUUACUCGAGAAAAAUACAAUGAAUUAGACUUGUACCCGAAACCAGAAAUAUUAAGAAUUUCAUUGGAUGAAGCAAUUAUUAUUAGUAAAACAGUAUCUCGUCAGAAAGCAUCCGAUUUCUUUAACGAUCUGAUUGAUUCACCUAGUGCUACUUCAAUAAUUUCAGCUGUAAAUAGUUUGAAAAAUCUUGGCAUUCUCGAUGAGGAUGAAAAUCUUACAAGUUUGGGAAAGCGUGUUUCAUAUAUUUCAUUAAAUCCGAAAAUAAGUAAAGCAGUAAUAUUAUCUUGCAUUUUGCAGUGUUUAAAUCCUGUAUUAACGAUAGCCACUAUAUUUGGUAGUGCUUUUAAUUAUGGUGUUUCAUUGAACGAAAACUCAUAUCCAUUUGAGAUGUUGAGAAAACAAAAGCUGAAAUAUCAUAAAACAAGUGAUCAUAUUGCUGUUUCUGAAUAUUUUAGUUUAGUGGAAUCCAGUGAUGACAAUUGCUUUCAGACUGUUGAAAGUACAUACUAUCAGAUGCAAAAAUUUUUUAUGCUCCAUAUGGAUGAACUUAUAAACAGUGGAAUACUUUCAGAGACAUCUGAUUUUGACUAUUUGAAUGCCUAUUCCCAAAAUAAUGAAUUAAUUCGGGCCAUUUUAUUUGCUGCUACGAAUCAUUUGAUAAAAAAAAAUUAUUACGGAUAUAAAAGAGGAGUUUUUACAAAGAGAGCAGACAUAUUAACUACUGAGACAAACAACAUCGUUCAAAUUAAAAACGAGAGUGUAAAUUACAAGAGAAAAACAUGGCCAAGUGAUUUAUUAAUUUAUGUCAACAAGAUAGAGUUUGUUAAUAGACAUACUUCUAUGGUUCUUGAUACGAGUAUGAUAUCGCCAUUAUCAGUUCUGUUAUUUAGUCAAACUGACGUUCAGUGUCAAAAAAUACAAGACAAUGCUUCCACUGAAGAAGAACAAAUUUGUAUUAGCAUAAAUAAUAUAAAAAAUUUACAUUUGUUAUGUGAACCAGAAAUCGCGGAUGUGUUAUUAGAACUUCGGAGUAUAUUGUGGAAUAUUGUACAUUUUAUACUUAGAUAUGAAAGUAAAGGUGAUUAUCGAUAUAAAUUACAUUUAAUUCGACCGUUUAAAGAAAUCCUAAUGGAUUUAAUUUCGGAAUUGUUGACGGAAUCGUCACGACAUAUUGAUGAUAAUAUUGAAAAUGAUGUUGAAAAUGAUAUUAAAAAUUAGAAAAAUUUUAACUAUUUAAAUUAUUUUAUAAUAUUGUAUGAUAGAAUCUUUAAUUUUU